AUGUCCGACACCCUCGAAACUAAAAAGAACCCCAAUAAACCCCCCCAGGAGCUCGUCGGCGAUUUCUGGGAUAGUUUCAUAACGAAGAAACCUGGCCAAGUUACUUCAGUCUUUCCACAGAGACUGUACGCCAACCUCCUUCAUCCAGUCCUCAACGAAGCAUCCUCGUCGGCCCACAAUGCAGCUGAGAGCUACGACGCCGCUGCGAAGGAGUGCAAAGAAAAGGUAGCACGAAUUGUGCGCGAGUGUACGCGCACAAACGAGAAAUUCCUAGACCCCGAUUUUGAUAUCGAGAGCGACAAGAAUUUGGGCUUGGGAAACUGUCUCCGAGGUCUCCUCAGCGGCUGCGAUGACUCUGUGUCUUCUGAUACCAGCCCCGAAAUAAGACCGGCAGUAAGCGCAUUCGAACUAAGAAACUCUCUGAAUACGCUGGCAGCUAGCCAUGUUCUUGGCAUAAGCUCUACCGUGCCAAUUGACGUAAAUACAUUGAGGGAUUUUAUUGGUCCAGAGCAAGAUUUGAAGCCAACAACUUUCUCUGAUGAAAACGCUUACUUCCCUGGAUCAGUGCACCGAAUCGAUUGGAUCUUUAAAAACCCACAAUUCACUGUUGAUGGCUAUUCUACCACGGACAUUAAACAAGGUGCUAAUGGCGACUGUUGGUGGCUUGCAGCAGUCGCAACGAUAUGCAAUCGCCAGGACUUAAUGGAGAAGAUCUGCGUGGCUCGGGAUGCUGAGUGCGGAGUUUACGGCUACGUCUUUUACCGGGAUGGCGACUGGGUGUCGACAGUUGUUGACGACAAUUUGUAUCUGUCGGCGGCCGACUUUGACUUCUAUGGCGAUAGGUAUGACGGCACAGGCAAGAGAGCUCGAGAGCAUCGAAAGCACCAUCAAACAGGAUCCGAGGCUCUAUAUUUCGCGAAAUGCGCGGAUCCAAACGAAACAUGGCUACCCUUACUGGAAAAGGCCUAUGCGAAGAUACAUGGAGACUAUGAUGCCAUCUCAGGUGGUUGGCCUGGAGAAGCUGUUGAAGACUUGACUGGAGGUGUCACAACUACCAUUGCAACUAACCGAGUUCUAAGCAUAGAUAGGCUUUGGAAUGAGCUUAUCAACUCCGACGGACAGUUUGUAUUUGCAGCCUCUGCUCUUGGGACUGGCUGGGAUUCAACUCGAAGUGGUCUCGCUUUGGGACACGCUUACUCUAUUCUUCGGGCCGUACAUGAGUUAGAUGAGGAAGGAAAUGGUGUUAGACUGGUCUUGAUCAGAAAUCCCUGGGGAGAAAGAAAUGGAGGAGGCAUCGGCGAGUGGAAUGGGCCGUGGAGUGAUGGAGCUAAAGAAUGGACACCGUACUGGCUACAAAAGCUGGACCAUAAAUUUGGUGAUGAUGGCAUUUUUUGGAUGGCUUACGAAGACUUUCUAUCAACCUUCAUGUUUGUGCACCGUACCAGAAUAUUUGACGAUAGAUGGACCGUCGUUCAGCAGUGGACAAGAAUCAACGUUCCUUGGGUUCCCGGUUAUCUCCGAACGAAAUUUGAGAUCAAAGUCACAAAACCUGGACCGGUAGUUUUUGUGCUUUCUCAGCUUGAUAAACGUUAUUUCGCCGGCUUGGAAGGGCAAUACAAGUGUUCUCUACAUUUUCGUCUUCAGGAUAAAAACAAAAACCCAGAAGAUUACAUAUUAUUGGUACGACCUGUUCAUUCGUGGGAAGACCGAUCUGUAAAUGGCGAGAUAGAACUCGAGCCGGGGACAUACGAGGUUGUGCCCAAAAUUCUCGCAACUAGGGAUACUGAUCAAAAUAUGGUGGAAGAUGUUGUGAAGGAUUGGGCAGAGCGGAAUCCACAAAAGUUGCGACAGGUUGGCAAGAACUAUGAUAUCGCAAAUUCCAAGGUCAAAGAUUUGGAUGAAAACCGACCUACAAAUUUGAAAAAAGUUGUCGUUGGAGAGAACAAAGGCAAGGAAUCAUCGCUGGAUCAGGAUGGAAAGGAAGGAAAGAGUAAGAAAGCGGGUACUGACAAUAGCGAGAACAAGGAUACUCGGAGUGAAAAACCCGAGGACGCUAUUCCUGAAGUGAAACUUCACUCGCUAGAUAUGUUGGACGGAUUCAGGGUCAACAAAAAGGGACAGGUCUUAAAUGAAGAAGGGGAGCCAAUUGGAGAGCUUGAUGAAGGAGAGCUUCUAAAAUGCGCUGGACAAAAAGUUAAUCACAAGGGGGAAGUGUGCGAUAAACAUGGCGAAAUCCUCGGGAAAGUCAGAAUGCUGCAUCAACAAAUUGAUAAGCCUUCUACGGACCCAAAGGUAGAGCAAAAGGUCAAAGCUCCUGGUAGUCAAAAUGAUGAGCCCCAAAAGGAUAAGGGCCUAGAUGCGAACAAUGAGAGUUUCCUUGAGGGCAAGGGAAAAGAUGAAGAGGAGGACGAUUCUAAAAGCGACUCAACCGACACGGAGGAGAAUGAGUGCUCCCCGUGGAACGCCGUAUGCACAAUUGGAUUACGUGUGUAUGCCCAUGACCCUGACAUAUCUAUCAAGCUUGUAAGUCCGGAUGAUUCUGAAGAUACCAGUAGUCGCGAUGGGAAUGAGGCCCGCACUGAUGUGUGA